UUUUUCGUGAAGAGGAGAAACGGGAUUUGCGUUCUUGGUUGUGACAUAAUGCGCAUGCUCCAUCUGAGAGAUAUCCAUCUUGACGUGUAAAGACUCUUUGCAGAGGCUAAGCUAGCGGUGCGCAUCUGUUUAUAUCUGGCGUCAUUUUUCCGUUUUGAGCCGUUUCGAUGUGCCGCUCCUCUCAUGGCGGAACCUCGUCAGCGUCCGUGAACAUGACCGUCCCGAACAAACGCGGCGUUCCUUCCCGCCAGCCGCUUCCGUCCACACCGCCCUCUUCUUCGGUUUCCGCCGCCUGAAAGCCCGCCAGAGAUGAGCUCAGACGGGGCAGAGGCGCAGGGCGACUGCGGCUCCCGGCAGGAGUGGACGCUUCUGCUCUGGACCUCCCUGGCCGUCGUGGUUCCGGUCGCCUUCACGCUGUGGUGCAGCGCGCAGCGCUCCAAGCGGAAAACCUCCAUGAAUGAGUUCUUUCGGAAGAGCAAACACGGCUGGCACUACACGGACCUGUUCAACAAGCCCACCUACUGCUGCGUCUGCGCCCAGCACAUCCUGCACGGCGCCCACUGCGACUGCUGCGGCGUCUGCGUGGACGAGCAGUGCCUGCGCGGGGCGGACCGCAGCCUGCCGUGCAAGGAGAUCAUGGCCCCGUGUGGCCCCGGAGGGACCGCGGAGCACCGCUGGGUGCGGGGGAACGUGCCGCUGGCCAGCUACUGCGCGGUGUGUAAGCAGCAGUGCGGGACGCAGCCGAAGCUCUGCGACCACAGGUGUGUGUGGUGUCAGACCACAGUUCACGACGACUGCAUGGACAGCCUUUCCGCUGCCGACGUUUGCGACUUGGGUGAAUUCCACAGCCUCAUCAUCCCCCCCCACUACCUCUACCAGGUCAACAAGCUGCGCCGCCGCCACCCGGACGAGUACAUCAAGCUGGGCUCCACCUGCGGCGGAGGCUGGACGCCCAUCCUGGUUUUGGCCAACACGCGCAGCGGCAACAACAUGGGGGGGGCCCUGUUGGGGGAGUUUCGAACCCUCCUCAACCCCGUUCAGGUGUUCGACCUCUCCGUGCUGCCUCCAACCAAAGCCCUGCAGCUGUGCACCCUCAUGCCCCCCGGCAGGGUGCGGGUUCUAGUGUGCGGAGGGGACGGCACCGUGGGCUGGGUUCUCGACGCCAUCGAUGCCAUGAAGCUGAAGGGUCAAGACCAGUUUAUCCCCAGAGUGACCAUUCUCCCUCUGGGAACCGGGAACGACCUCUCAAACACGCUGGGGUGGGGGGCCGGGUAUGCCGGGGAGAUUCCUGUGGAGCAGGUCCUCCGCAACAUCCUGGAUGCGGAAGUGGUCCGAAUGGACAGGUGGAAAGUUCAGGUGGCUUCAAAGGGAGUCUAUUUUCGUAAACCAAAGGUUCUGUCCAUGAAUAACUACUUCUCCGUGGGCCCCGACGCUCUGAUGGCGCUGAACUUCCACGCCCACCGGGAAAAAACGCCCUCCUUCUUCUCCAGCCGCAUCAUCAAUAAGGCCGUGUACUUCCUGUAUGGCACCAGAGAUUGUUUAGUUCAGGAAUGUAAAGACCUGGAUAAGAGGAUUGAGCUGGAGCUGGAUGGAGAACGGGUGAAGCUGCCCAGUCUGGAGGGCAUCAUCGUUUGUAACAUCGGCUACUGGGGUGGAGGCUGCAGACUCUGGGAGGGGAUGGGUGACGAACCGUGUCCCCCCACUCGGCUGGAUGAUGGUUUGCUGGAGGUUGUGGGCGUGUUCGGCUCCUUCCACUGCGCACAGAUCCAGGUCAAGCUGGCCAACCCUGUGCGGCUGGGACAGGCGCACACUGUCAGGCUGGUUCUGAAGAGCUCCACGAUGCCCAUGCAGGUGGACGGCGAGCCGUGGGCGCAGGGCCCCUGCACCAUCACCAUCACCCACAAGACCCAGGCGCUGAUGCUGUACCACAGCGCCGAGCAGACGGACGACGACGAGGACGAAACCAGCGCCUCGGAGGCGGAGAGCCCCACGCCUCACGACUCGCCCAGACCGCCCUGGUCGCCCGCCAACCGAACUUGACCCCUCGUGAUAAUCCAUUGAUCCCUCGUUUGCUUAAGUUCUCCCAGUCUAGGCUGUAGUCUGAGCUCAGGCAGUUUGUAGGAUCGGUUUAUUUGCACUGACGCCUCGUGCCAUACAAGACCUUACUGUGUUCCUGAAUCUGGACCUGCGCAGCCAUGUCGAAAUCAGCAGCACACCCACAGGGACUCAAAGGUUUUAUUCUCCAAUUUUCUACUAAAAAUGUAAAACUAUCUUUGAUCAUCUGACAUUCAGUCCUGACGUUCGUCGGCCUGAAGAGUCAAACCUUUUAUUUCCAAGUGACUGCAGAGGAGCAGAGCUCCGCCUCCGUCCGUCCAGCCCGUCCUGCUUUUCUACUGACGGCCACCAGGUGGCAGACUCCCGUGUUUGUUUUUCCCGUGCAGAGUUCAGGUUUGUGUUUGCCUGUUUUCUCAGCCUCCUGUCCAAUGUCCUGUUGCCCUCGUUUACCCCACAGGUCUGACACUGAAUCCGCUUUAAUGUAACCGCAAACUGAAGCCAUCCGAGAAAAACUGUUCAGAGAUGAUACGUGUUGUACAGUCAGAUUAAUUGUGAUAGUCAAGAGUAUUUAUUUCCUGCUUCAGCUUGUGUUUGUGUCGGUCGUUGUACCAAAAAGCUUCACUGUGGUCAGAAACUGGCUCUCAUGGCAGUGUUAUUAUCCCACUGAAGAGCGAAGAACUCCUGCGUUUGGAGAAACAAUCAUCUGAGAACAGUUUACAAUCAGGACUGAAAUGAAUGUAAAGAAGGCUUUUAAUCUGAAGACAUUCCCAUAAAUAUUUUCAUACAAA